GCAUAUGAGAACAUUUGAUAAAACAUUUAUUUUUCUAGUUUAUCUUAAAACCAAGUUAUAUAUCGUAAAGUUAAGUUAGAAUAGCAUAAGUUCUAACAGAUGUGAAUCGCAAAAUGCGGUUUUCGGUGCCAUAUCAUUGACAUACACGUAUCCGCGCACACUGGCCAACAAAACUGAAGACAGUAGUAAGCCGACAAUUUAAGGCGCCAAGCUAUCUCUUUAUCUCCUAUAAUCUUCAUUCAGAUAACGAUAAGUUUAAAGAAAACUCAUUGAAAAACAGUUUUUGAUAAAAUUCUUGAUCAUACACCGUAUCUAUUAACUUUGAACGUACGAAGUUUUUUUAUAAACUGAUUCCAGUUGAAUUUUUGAAUUCUUGAUAAUACACCUUAUCUAUUAACUUUGAACGUACGAAAUGUUUUUUUUAUAAACUGAUUCCAGUUAAAUUUUUGGCGUUUCGCGAUAACUGUAGUUGCCAAUAUCGUCGUGUUUUAGCCAAAGACUGACCAUGAAAAAUGAGGUAAAUCACGGCUCUUGAAGCGCCGAAACUUACUUCCGUUUGUUUCCCCUUAAAAAGACAGAGCACAUUCGGAGAAAUAAUUUGAAUAAGAAGGAAACUUAAACACCGUGUGAAAAGGUUUGUAACAAUAUUCAGAGAGAUAUACGAAUACCUUUGCUCAAAAUCAUUAUUAUCUGUAGCUUAUCUCGUAAAACAGAUUACCAUUUACAUGUUUCCUUAGAAACACACUUUUUGAUCUGUUUAUCCAUUGUCCUAUAUAUUUUUGUUGGAACGUUGUAGUCUUCAACACUCCUCGCCAGGCAUAAUAUGUAGUGUUCCUUUGUAACGUUGUAACAUCAUCAUUGGCUUGAACGAUUUCAAAACAACUGUACAAUCUGUUUACUAAUUUUUUUCUGUUUUUGGAGGAAGACCAAAGAAAAUAACUCGAUGCUUCACUGUUAUCUGAAUUUUAAAUUAUAUCUAAGUGGCUCUAUUCAUAUGUUGUAAUUCUCAAUUUUUGCAUUUCUUUGUUUUUACGGAAAAAUCUCUUGAGCCUGCUUAAGAACUCGUUAUGCAUGAAUAACUUUUGAGCCACGCAAAAAAGAGAAAACAUCUGUCAAGCUUUUGUCGAAUUUUUAAAAAAAAUUGUAAGGAUAUUUUGCCGUAUAUAGAAAAAUAAAUAAAAUAUCUUAUAAAAGGUGGGUUAAAAAGGUUUAAAAUGCAGAAUAUGAAAGGGGAAGAGACGAACAGAGAGUUGAAGCCUUGACGACCCGGGACCCCUUGGUAGCUUGCGAACAAAUGGGCAGUCCAGAUAACACGAGUGUGAGGAAUGCUUCGACUGAAGCGUAGGCAACUGGGACUGAAAGUACUUGGCCAACUGGAGCCUUUUGAAAUACCUCAAGAAGUGCAUUUUUGAACGUCUGAGAUUCUCCAGUCAAAAGUUAACACACAAUACUUCAAGGAAAGCCAACCAGGAUGGAGGCACAAUUUGCGGACGAAAGAAAACCUGUGCCAGUAAUUACAGACAUAAGUCAACGAGCGAUUCGUGAAAGAAAUCCUGAAGAUCCCUUAAUUCUGGCCUCAGAAAAUGGUACUCUAGAUUACGAUUCUACAGAUUAUGGCCAGCCACGAAAGUCCCAUAAGAAGAAGGAUCGUUAUGGGAACUACGCUAGCGCUAUAAGGAAAGCAGAUCCGCAGUCAGAGCUGGUAAAGAGAAAACAGAAAUAUGCCGCUGCGCUUGAAGGAGCCAGGGUCGAAGAUGAUGAUUUAGAUGAGUUUUACAAAGGAACGGGGAUAAACCUGUGCGAGCCUGAUAUUAUGUCAACGGUACCCGUCGACAGGAUUAAAAAACAGUAUUUAUCCUCGGCUAAAGAAGAAGGCAAAGUUGUUCCUCGUACUGAAGAAGCACCAGCACCACAUCAUAUCGAACCGCAAUGGCCUCCACGUGAAGACAUGUUGGAUGGACCAAUUAAACCAAGGGUCAUUCAGAUAUCAUCCGAGGGUGAGAAGCACAAACGAGAUGGAGUCGAUGGUGGCCAUAUUAAACCUGUAAAUACAAUGAAAGAUAAGUGGCAAAAUUUACCCCAAAAAUACAAAAACAAACCAAUGGGAGUGAAUAAACCAACUAUAGACAUUGUGGGCGACAGGCAAUGGAUAACCCACUUUCGACCUGUUAUAGAUGAAGGAAAGGCUCCUGAAGAACCGGAGUGGCUAAAAACCGUGCGCAAUCGUCGCUGGUUAUCAACAGUGAGGGCUCGCUUUCCCGAGGACGAGCAGGAGAGAAUUGCAUUCGAAAGACGUUCCACCACCCCCCGGAAAUUCAAAAAACCCAAUCCCCAUACAGUUAUGCGCUCGUCUUCUGAUUUAGAUGACGAGUUUGAGGAAGUGAUGAGGCGUCGGCGCAAACGCAGCGACAGCGCGGAUGAAUCAUCUUAUUUAACUAAAUCCGCUUCUACUUUUGUUAAAUCUGCUUCUACUUUUGUUAAGUCUGCUUCGUCUUUCUAUAGCGACACUUAA